AUGCGAAUUGUAGGCACAUACUUGUACCCGAUAGACUGUAGUUUGAUUCUCAACGUUCUAGAUAAUAUGGUCGAGCUCAUUGAGAGCAAUGGAGUACGGCAAGCUGUUCUCGAUCUGCCACAGCUUGAUGUCAAUAAUCUCGUGACGUACGAGGAUUGGAGAACUGCACAUCUGCUCUUAGUCACCAUAACAUCAGGCUAUCUAUGGAGCGGCAAGCCCAGUGAUGUAAAUUCUUGUACUCUGAAGAUUAGAUUCAACGAUUUAUUGUGGCAGGAAGGUAGAAUUGUAAAAUAG